AUGGCCGCGCAGGAGCCGUCCCCACCAUCUUCCAUAGAGAGCAACAAACCGGGAUUCCCCAAGAAGAUCCUGGCCAACAACCACGAAGACAAGCAUCUGUGCAACUCCUGCCAGAAGAUCCUCCGGCGGCCGCUGCAAGCUCAGUGCGGACACCGCUUCUGCACGUACUGCUUCCACCGGACCGUGAGUUCUGGCCCACAGAAGUGUAAUGCCUGUAUCAAAGAGGACCUGUUUGAGGAGCCCACGUCUAUUCUCAAGCAAGGGGGUGCGUUUCCGGACAAUGCGGCUCGAAGAGAAGUGGAGGCUCUGGCAGCGGUCUGCCCCAAUGAAGGCUGCACCUGGACCGGGACCAUCAAGGAAUUUGAGGCGAACCAUGAAGGCCACUGUGACUUCAUGAUCAUUUUGUGUCCGUCGUGUAAAGAGCUGAUGAGAGCCAACGAACAGGAGCGCCACAACGAGCGCGAGUGUCCUGAACGCACCCUCAACUGCAAAUACUGCAAAGAGCCAUUCCUCCUCAAGAACAUCAAGGCCCAUGAUGAGAUCUGUCCAAAGUACCCCAUGAUCUGUGAAGGAUGUGCCAAGAAAAAGAUACCCAGAGAGAAGUAUGUGGACCAUAUUAAGUUCUGCAAUAAGUUUAAAGCCCCAUGCAGAUUUCAUGUUGUUGGCUGCAAUACGUCUGUGGAGAUGGAGAAAGUGCAUGACCAUGAGCGCCAGUGUUCAUACGAGCACCUUAAUCUGCUGCUGCACUUUAUCAUGGGCAUCAAGGUGAGCCUUGAGAGCCUGCAGCCCCAGACCCUGGAGGUGGCGGGACACAAGCUGCAGGAGUUGCACCAAUCACUGCAGGAGCUGGAGACCAAGAUGUCCCAGCUGGGACAACCUGUGCAGGGCGUGUGUGGCCCCUCCCUCACCGCCUUUGCCCCCCUGCCCAGCGCCGUGGGCGCCGCGCUGGAACUGCAGCUGCAGGGCGAGAAGAGCAAAGUGUGUGAGCUGAACCGAAGACUGCAGCAGCUGGAGCUCAAAGUGAACACCUUCGAGAACAUUGUGUGUGUCCUGAACCGCGAGGUGGAGAGGUCCAGCAGCACCAUGGAGGCCUCGACCCGGCAGCACCGCCUAGACCAGGACAAGAUCGAGAUCCUCAACAACAAGUGGAUGAGCCAGCGGACUGAGGUCACGUCUCAGUUGGACUUCUUCAAACGUGUGUGA